GAGCCUGACGUUGAGCCAAGAUGGCGGCCUGCGGAGCGCCAGUUUCCUCUUUAAGCUGGGAGCCAUGUGGGCGGGUCUAAAGCUGCAUCACAGCUGAUCUGGAGUGCGAGAUGUUUUCUGCAGGAGAGGAGGUCGAUGCACGCUUGUUUACGCCUCUGCAGGAGCCCAAAGGAGCUGCAAUCUCCCCGACCCUGGAGCUCAGCCUGACCACCGGGUACACCGUCCUCUACUGCCUCCUGUUUGUCUUUGUCUACCUGCAGCUUUGGCUCAUUUUGCAUUAUGGACACAAGCGUUUCAGCUACCAGAGCGUGUUUCUGUUCCUGUGCCUGCUGUGGGCCGCCCUGAGGACGACCCUCUUCUCCUUCUACUUCAGAAAUGUGGUGCAGGCCAACCGGCUGCAGCCUCUGGCCUACUGGCUGCUCUACUGCUGCCCUGUCUGCCUGCAGUUCUUCACACUCUGCCUACUCAACCUCUACUUCACACAGGUGAUGUUUAAGGCGAAAGCCAAGUAUUCCCCAGAGCUCACCAAAUACAAGGUUCCACUGCGUUUGUUCUUCCUGUGUCUCAGUGUAUUUUUCCUUGUGGUGAAUCUGACUUGUGCGUUAUUGGUGCAAGGAGCUCUGGAGCGCUCUGAAUCGCCGAGUGAUGGGGGUAUCAGACACGCGGUCCUGGCCCGGGUCUUGAUCAACGACAGUCUGUUUGUUCUCUGUGCUGUCUCACUGGCCGUCUGCAUCUUCAAGAUUGCCAAGAUGUCCUCUGCCAAUGUUUACCUUGAGUCCAAGGGUACCUCGGUGUGCCAAGCCACAGCAGUAGGAGCCGUGGUGAUCCUGCUCUACACAUCCAGAGCCUGUUACAACCUGGUGGCGGUGGCCCUGUCCCCACAGGACAGACCCAGUCCCUUCAACUACGGCUGGUACAGCGUUUCUGAUCAGGCCGACGUGCGGGAGAUCAGCGGCGAAGCCUACGUCGCAUUUGGGAUAAUUCUGUUCUUCUGGGAGCUGCUACCUACAAGUUUGGUGGUUGUUUUCUUCCGAGUCCAGAAACCCAACCAAAACCUGGCUCCAGGAGGGAUGAUCAACAGCCACAGUUUCAGCUCCAGAGCAUAUUUCUUUGACAACCCUCGGCGGUACGAUAGCGAUGAGGACCUGUCCAGGAGCAUUAAUAGUCGGACGGAUCGGGCCAGCCUCCUCUCCACCACUCCCCAGCUGGGCACCUCCAGUUGGUAUGGCUCCAUCCAGCGCAACGGGACUCUGGCGGCGGGCGUUGCAUCUACCCAGCAACCGCCGUCCUCCACGGCCCCCCUCCUCUUUGCCUACGGAAACAUCCAGAGUCACCAUCACCACCAUCACAACUACUAUUCCACCCCGCAGAACAACAACAACAACCACCACCAUCAUCAUCAUCACAGUAACUACUUUUCCACGCCACAGAAUUAUUACUGCGGGUCGCAAACAUAUUUCUGCACCCCACAGAAUUAAGCAGGGUCCAUCCUAAAGAUAGGAAAAGACUAAUAACUAACAACGUCCUGCGUUUUUCGUCGCCAUUUUGAUUCCCCAGAUCCAUCUAAGCAGGUGCUUUAGAGUAAUAUUCUGAGGCAUUGCUCCGAACCAUGUUGGGCCUAAAAGGUUGGUUCACCAAAUUGUUCCCGGAGAAAUGUGCUUGCAUCAGGAACUAAAGACAUGGCUGUCUGUAAAUGGCAUGUAUGGACCAGAACGAAAGUAAGCGCAGGCCAUGGACCAGAGGUUUAGCACUAAUACGGCUAAUACACCUAAAACCGCAAAGACCAAACUUUUUAUGUUAAAGCGUUCUGGUCUGUUAUCAUUUCUAUGACUGGAAUCAUCAGGGACCAGAUAAUUAUCCUUUCAUCCAAUUGUGCUUCUAUGGAAGGAACCAUUCCGCUCAAACGGGAGCCAUGUAGCAGGCUAGAUAACGUGACUAAUGCAGAAGCUGCCAUGUCAACAGUUAUAGACACAAAGAAGUUCAAUUCACUCAACAUUUGUCCGACGUUAUUUGGGUUGUCAAAAAAGGGUAAUGUGACUGUUUUGGUUUGGCACGCAUAUAUACAAUGGUGAUUAUUUUGGUGGGAAAAGAACGGCGAAGGGCGCUUGCCUGCUAGUUUGAUCCUCAAUCUUCAAAGUUGCUUUUUUGACAAUAACAACCGAAUGCAUCUACGAAGGGCAUUUUAUGGUGUUUCUCACCUUUUAAGUCUGAUUUAACAUUGGCUGUUGUAGCAAAUGAGAGCUAGCUUAUUCGCCAAUGCUGACUGUAAGCUUAAACUCGUUAUCUGUUUUAACCAAGAAAAUUCCUAGCAAAAUUGAAAUACAAAAAGCUAUCCAAACUUCCAUCAUCUUGUUGGUGGCAAAUCAAAGGUAUAGAAAAAAGAUGGACAAACAACCUUAGCGAGCUUAAGACUUUAGCCUGCCUACUCAUGUUCUAGAAUCGCGUUUCGUUUAACAUGUAAAAUAAGCUAACUGCGGUUUUAAGAACUGACUGGCAUCGAAAUACAGGGCAAUUUAUUUCGGCGUUCACAAAUAUCAUCCAUGUAAACUGCUUACAGCUGCAAAAUAUACGUGAAAGUUAUAUGUAGCUGCCAUAUGCGUGUACUUUUUCAAUCUCAAUAGCACAAGGUCACUGUUUAAGCGUGUGAAAAUGUAACCCCUAACAAAUGCAUUUUAAUGGGGAAGAGUGACAACAGAUGACUUUAACGACCGACUCAGGCUUAAACAAAAUCUGCUCAUUCACAAGAACAUGCCACUGCUGUCAAAUGAUAUUGAACUGCAGCCUAAUCCAGGUUUACGUCCCCAUUAUUAUACAAACUAUGUGAAAACCCAAGACAGGGAGUGCCAUAUAUUUCAAGUUGCUGAAUGUUGGGGAUUAAAAACAUAUCAUUGAUUUUACUGGGCAAUCACAUUAUCAGUAUCAUUUGGACAAUAGAUCAAAGUAUCAAAAUGUAGCCUUCAUUCAAUACUGAAGUAGAAAUCAGCCCUAGGAUUGUUAUUAACGGGAUGGAAAUGUUGUUGAAACAGACGUUUGACCAAAAACCUCUCAUGUAAUCGGAUCCUUUGUGAGCUGUGAGGCAAAUAUUUGCACUUAGAAGUUGUUCACCUUCAGAGAAAAAAGGCCUUGGGCCUGAAUGUAGGAUUUUUAUUCUCCCUCAUCGUCUGUAUUAUAUAUUUUACUAUUUAUCCUUU